AUGAGUAAGCCAAAAUGGUAAGUAUUAACAGAGGAAGAUUUAGAUAGAUACUACGAAAAGCAUGGCAAUUUCCGUAAAAACAUCUUCCGUUUCGAAUCAUGCGACGUCGUCGAGGGCAUAGAUCCAUACCACAUUCAACCUCAAGUUGAAGUGGUGAGAUUGUUUGAUGUUAACGGCCUUCACAUGGAAGAAAUCUCUAAUAUCUUUGAUUGUUUCCAAAUCCAAAAUAAAGGUUUCGUUGGGGAGGAGGAGCUGAUAGCGUUAAGGCCAUUGCGAGGAUGUGUAAGAACUAAAGAAGGUUGCACUAAACAUGUCCGUGGCACUUCCAAGUUCUGCUCUUUCACAUGCAAGGUGGAACAUGUUUUGGAGCAUGAAGGUGAUUUAUCUAGCAUCAUUAGAAAUUGGUCAAAUAAUGAUUCAAGAAAAACGUCAAAACAUCAUGUUGGUGAUCUAUCAAUCCAUCCUUGUGGUCUCGAAGAAGAGGUCUCGAAGACGAAUAGAGUUUUUCCACUCAAGAAGAGGUCUCGAAGACGAAUAGAGUUUUAUGACAGCGACGAAUUCGAAGAAGCAUUUGCAUACAGCUUAGCUUAA